ACGCUUCCUCUUGGUUGGAUAGCGGCUUCCUGGCCGGACUUUUUUUCCCCCUCCUUUUUUUUCUUUGGGGGAAAUUUCAACUUCUGUUUUCGCGGGUCCUCUGGGCCGAAACAAUUUAGGACAGCGUUUCGCGGUCGGUCCUGUGGUCACGAACGACGGGCCUGCCUUGUCUUUUGCCGCCUUUUGUCUGUGGGAGCGCUCUCGAGUCAGAGGCCGCCUCGAAGGGACGUUCCAGCGAUGAACGCGCUGAAAUAAACUGCAUUUCUUUCACUUUUGCGCCUGUGGCACUCGCUCUUUCCACUUGACACCUAAAUAUUAUUUGCUGCAGCUGCCGGGGACAUGCCUGGGUGUUGAAGUUGGGGGCUUGCGAAUCUCAGAAACUUCUAUAGGCACAACUGCAAGGGUUUGUGUAGCAAUUUGAAGGAUUGGAUGUCAGCAGGGACAACCUGAUUGUUCUCUUUGAAACAGAUAAUAGGUAACUAUGGCACCAAAAAGAAGACCGGUCCCCUUGAUCAUAACCCCCACAGGAGAAGGACAGUCAACCAACAUAGAUGCAGCAGCAGAGGCCAACCUGGAGGCCUUGCAGAGGAAGUUAGGGGAGCUGGACUUGGACGAACAGCAAAGGAAGAGGCUUGAGGCUUUCCUCACCCAGAAAGCCCAAGUGGGUGAGCUUAAAGAUGAAGAUUUUGACCCCAUAUGUGAACUUGGGGCAGGAAACGGUGGGGUGGUCCACAAAGUCCGUCACAAACCCUCAAGACUCGUCAUGGCGAGGAAGCUUAUACACUUGGAAAUCAAACCAGCCAUCAGGAAUCAGAUCAUACGAGAGCUGCAGGUCCUACAUGAGUGUAAUUCACCAUACAUUGUGGGGUUUUACGGCGCCUUUUACAGCGACGGAGAAAUCAGCAUCUGUAUGGAGCACAUGGACGGGGGUUCUCUGGAUCAAGUGCUGAAAGAGGCCAGGAGAAUACCUGAAGAAAUCUUGGGCAAAGUUAGCAUAGCCGUACUCAGAGGUCUGGCAUAUCUUCGGGAGAAACACCAAAUAAUGCACAGAGACGUUAAGCCCUCCAACAUCCUGGUGAACUCGCGUGGCGAGAUCAAACUGUGCGACUUUGGCGUGAGUGGCCAGCUCAUCGACUCCAUGGCCAACUCCUUCGUUGGAACACGGUCGUACAUGUCGCCGGAGAGACUCCAGGGCACACACUAUUCAGUUCAGUCGGAUGUGUGGAGCAUGGGCCUAUCACUGGUUGAGCUGGCUAUUGGACGCUACCCCAUCCCCCCUCCCGAUGCCAAGGAACUGGAGGCCAUAUUUGGCCGGCCAGUGCUGGACACAGGUGGGGCAGAAGGCCACAGCAUGUCCCCAAGACCAAGGCCUCCAGGACGACCAGUUAGCGGACACGGAAUGGACAGCAGGCCAGCCAUGGCUAUAUUUGAGCUACUGGACUACAUUGUCAAUGAGCCACCACCCAAGCUGCCCCAUGGCGUCUUCACCACUGACUUUGAGGAGUUUGUGACGAAAUGCCUCAUUAAGAACCCGGCUGACAGAGCUGACCUUAAGAUGCUAAUGGGCCACACGUUCAUCAAGCGGGCCGAGGUUGAGGAGGUGGAUUUCGCUGGAUGGUUGUGUAAAACCAUGGGCCUUCACCAGCCCAGCACACCCACUCAUAGUGCUGAAUGAACGCUGGCUCACAGCGUAGCCGCCCAUGCCAUCCUCAUCCUCUGCUCUACUUCUCUCCUUUUUACUCUCACAGGCCUGUAUGCUUGUAGCCUCGACACACCGCUGUGCGCUCUUUUUGCCGUUCUCUGCUUGCUCUUCCCUUCCACCGCGGUGCGUUCUGGGGCAAUGUUUUAUGAGAGCUUCUGGUGUUGGAACACAGUCAUUUGAAUGAAUAUGGAGAUUAGAGUCACUUAAGUGGAGUGGCUGUAUUUUUAAUAACCACAUUAUUCAGGAAUGUCCAAAUUGGUAAAAAUCACCUAGGUUUUUUUUUUUUUUUUUUUUUUUUGUGUAACUACUAUUUCAUUCGUUUUAUGAUGUUUUCGAUUACCUUUCAUGGUUGGUUUAUUAAUUCAUUAUAUUAUGAGUGGGGGGUUUUUUUUCCGCUAAAGCGCUAUUCUUUGGCAGUUACACUGUGUUAAAGUGGAUAGCUUGGUUGAAAGGCAAACGUUUAAUUGAGAAUCGACUGCUGUUUGCAUCCAAAAGAAAAAAACCAAAGAGGGAUACUGCGGAUUAUGGACGUUGUUUUAUUUAAAAGAUGAUUAUAAAUGCAAGAUGACCAAAUUGGCAACGCUCAAGAGCAUACUUACAGUUUUUCGCUUGUGCAUCGCACUGCUAGCACACGGACAAGUACUCCAUCAUGCCAACCAAUGGCCAUGCUGUAAGUUUGCACGCAUUAUUAAAAAAACACAAGCUAAAUUAGAGUUCCUGUAUCAGAUGCCCUUUGUUCUAAUGCUGUGCCUGUGGAAAAGACCAGCCAUUUAGUAUUAUCUAUAGUAUAAAUCUAUACUUUUUUUUUUUUCUUUUUUUGAGGAGAUGGGGGUUGGGAGGUGGUGCUUGAACGGUUUUCUUAAAUCUUACUUAUUUUUCCAACUUAAAAUCAUCUCCAGAAGGGUAUAUUUGGGAAGAAUUAUUGCGCUUCAGUGUUUAUUUUUAAAUGAAACAUAGAAUUUUUUGGUUUCAAGUUUAAAUACAGCCAGGGUUGCAUCUAUCUUUACAGUGCUUUAACAAUAGGCCUAAUUAAUUUAAAACACAUCAAGAUUUCAAAUAAGACCACGAUAGGUACACUCAUAGUCUGGUCUUAUAAAGUGCAAAGUAAUGUCUCAGGCCACCAUGUACAGUGCUAUGCAGAUCAAAUGAACCUCAGCAGAUAUUGCUGUAUUAGUAGGUCUUAUAAAAACACGGGUGUUACAGAUGGGCAUUGUGAAGUGUGGCUAAAGCCCACUUGCUCUAAAUAGCUUUUUUUUCCUCUUUCUCUAGUACUUUUCAGUAACAUUGAAACUGUAUUACACACUGGCAUUCAGCUCCGACCAAGUGAAUGCAUCGCCACACGCUGUAUAAAAUAUAUGUACAGUACAAAUGGUACUGUUUUCAGUCUUAAAAUAGCUUUUUAUUUUAUUAUGUUUUUGGUUUGGGUUUUUUUUUCUUUUUCUUGUUUUGAUUGUUUUCGGACUAGUUUAGUGAAGAGGAUAUAAGUCAUUUUAUUACCAUAUGGAAUGUGUUGAAUACAGUUCUAAUAUAAAAAUAAAACUUAUUUGUGAAGGAUUA